UAUAGUUUAAGGCGUGCUGGGAUGAUUAAGGCAUGAAUUAUGUGCUAGUGGUAAAUGCUGUUUUAUGAGAUUUUGUAACUUACUAACACUGAAUCGGUGGUUAAGGCGAAGCAUGGCGUGCGCAGUUUUAUUGGAUAAUAAUGCCAAACCAAAGUCUAUGAGCAGAGCAAAGCAAUGGACGGGUGAGGUGGAGAACCUGUACAGAUUUCAGCAAGCAGGAUACAGAGAUGAGCUCGAGUACAGACAGAUCAAACAGGCUGAGAUUGACCGCUGGCCAGACACCGGCUUUGUGAAGAAGCUUCAGCGUCGAGACAACACUUUCUACUACUACAACAGAAAGCGAGAGUGUGAAGACCGAGAAGUGCAUAAAGUAAAGGUGUAUGCAUACUGAUCCAACCUCCACUCCUGCACUUGUCAUUUUUAGCCAUGCUGUCUUUGCAAAACACAUGAUGUUUUGCUGUAUACUUAAUGCAAUGGUAUCUUUUUAAUUAUAAAAUGAUUUAAAUAAA